AUGGAAUCAACAGAAUAUUUUACAGGUUCAGAUUCAUUUGAUAAAUUAACAUAUUCAUUUAUGGGUUUAAGAUUAAUAGCAUAUACAUAUUUUUUUAUUAUAUGUUUUUAUCAAGCAUUUUUAGAAAUUCUUAAAAUGAUUAAAAAACAAUCAAAAACUACAACAAGAUUUUUUGUAUUUUUUUUUCAAUCUUUAUUUUGUAUUUUAAGAACAAUUCAAACAGCAUUUUUCUAUGAUAACCACCAAUUAGAAGAAGUUAGACUAAAUCGAGCAAAACCAAUUAAUUAUUCAACAUUUAUUUUUGCCCUUGUUAUUAUAAUUUAUCAAUUUACAGUUUCAAGUAUAACCUUGCGUAAAAAUAUUGAAACAGCAGAGUCUGUUGGAUUUUUAAUUUUACUUUUAAUUUAUGCAUCAAUAGUUUCGUUUAAUGGUUAUUAUUUAUUAAGACAUUUAAAAAAACAUAAAAAGUCAACACCAUUUAGUCAUUUUGAUAUUAUGAUUUUAAAAACCAAGAUUUUAUUAUCAACAGUUAUUUUUGUAGCAGUAACAAUUAUCAUACAAGAACUUAUUUUCAAUAUGUAUUAUACAGACACUUAUGAAACACCAAGACAAUAUUUAAAAUUAUUUAUUGUUGGUGUAAUAGAAUUUUUUCAAUUGUUAGUUGUAAUGUUAGUAUUAUCAGAUGGUAAAUGGAAAGUUUAUGUAUUAUUUAAAUCAAUUAAAACUCAUAAUGAUAGUUCUAGUGAAAUGGAAAAUUCAAAUAGUAAUUCUAAAGGUAAAAAGAGUUCAACAUUUGAUUUAGGAUAUAGUGGUAAUACAAAUUCAAAUUUUAAUACUUUGGAAAUUUCAAUUGAAAUUGAAAAUUCAAAUAAAUCUUCAACAAGUUUUAGUAAUAGCAAAAGUGAUCUAAUUAAUUCUUCUUUAAAAGAUCCAAGUUAA